AUGAAGAAGACGCUUUUCCUUGUGUUUAUCCAUGGCUUCAAGGGCGACGAUGCAACCUUCGGUGCCUUUCCGGAUCAUCUGCGCACUCUGAUCCGCCGUUCUCUCCCCGCCGUCAAGGUCAUCACUGCUGUAUAUCCCAAGUACGAGACGCGAGGCGACUUGACUGAAUGCGUGAGCCGGUUCCGCGAAUGGCUACAAAAUCAAGUUAUCGAUUUAGAGGUCGCCAACCAAACUGCCUCGCCGACCGUUGACCCCUCCGUCCAUGUCUUCCUGAUCGGUCACUCGAUGGGCGGGAUUGUCGCCGCAGAAACGCUAUUGUUGCUUGCGUCCGAGCAGCCCAUCCCCCCGAAACAGUCCGGCAACAGAAACACGGAACGCGAACAGGGGCCGGCGGGGCAUGGCCAGCCGCAUGUCGUGGAACCUGGAACGUUCAUGUUCCCACACAUCCAAGGCGUCCUCGCGUUCGACACGCCAUAUCUCGGCAUAGCACCAGGGGUAGUCUCGUACGGCGCCGAGGGCCAUUACAGAAACGUCACCACCGCGUACUCUGCAUUGUCGGAAGUUGCUGGGCUGUUCGGUCUGGGAGGAAACGACAACACGUCGACCAAGACGACGGUUGCCAGCAAUGAGAGAACCACGCCGGAGACACGGUCAUCGCAGUCAACAAGCGGGUCGGCAACCACGGCGGAUGCAGCCGCAACGCCCUCUUGGCAACGAUGGGGCCGGUACGCCAUGUUUGCCGGCGCAGCAGGGGCCGUGGCUGCCGGCGGCGCGGCCGCAAUGUAUUCGCAGCGUCAGCGACUGACAGAUGGCUGGGGCUGGGUGUCGUCCCAUCUCUCCUUUGUCGGCUGUCUGGCUCGUCCGGCGGAUCUGCGGCAACGGCUCAGUCUCCUGUCCGACGUGCACCGAGACCGAGGCAUCGCUUGCACCAACUUCUUCACCUGUCUGGGCAAAGGCGCCACAUCGCUGGUCGAGACCACCAACCAAGGCAGCACCUCAUUCAGUCAGAAGAUCAUUCGCUCCAAAUACCGCACAUUCUGCACGCUCCCCCCGGAGCUGGAGGGUCCCAAUCCUCAGCCCACCGCGGAAGCUGGACUCCGGUGGGUCAGGGCCGUCAACGAUAAGGCAAAGGACGAAAUUAAGGCGCAUAUCAGCAUGUUCCUGCCGAAAGAAAAUCCUGCGUUUUAUGACCUCGUCGGUGAAGCGGGCAAGGUCCUGGUCAGAUCCAUUGACAGGGGCUGGUAUAACACGGCGACUGGGCCAAUCGAUGAAGUCGACGAGCAAUUGCCGCGGACCGAGCCCGGCAGACCGGAGACGGAGAUUCAUAGUGGGCUCAUGGAUGGAGACGACGUGGUGGUUGUGGACUGA